AACUUAGCCCAGGUGCAGAACACUCACUGUCGGUCCAGCGGAAUCCGUUUUGAAUUGGGUUGUUAAGCACGCAGAUCGUAUUUCAGAUAUCACAUGCCAUCCUGAGCCAACCUGGUUGGUUCCUGUUAAAGUAACGUCUUUGCGGCUCAUUGCUUUUGAUUCAUUCUGUAUGUCUGUGUCACAGCAAGUGGAAGCAGAAGGCAAAGGACCCCCAAAUAAGGAGACACCAGACGAAAUGGAAAAGAUGACAAAUCAAACUAAGACAGUGGAAGGUCCUAAAGAUUAUGCAUCAGCUGUUUCAGGCAAAGACAAGAAGCAGCAGAAAAAUCAAGAAGACAGUGCAAAUAGACUUAAGCCAAGUCAGGUGAAUCUUGGAGAGGGCGUCACAGUUUAUUUCCAUGCAGUAUUGUCUAAAGACUUUAAGCUGGAUCCCAAUCUUCAUAAAGUGUUCAUCCGGGCACAAGGAAUCUCAGGAUAUUCGAAUUGGCAGGAUAACAUCUGUGAACUGGCCUGCACAAAGGACCUGGGAGAGCAUGGACUCCUCAUCGAGGGUUGUGUGACUGUUUCCAAGGACAGCAUGAAUAAAUCGAUUCCCUACAAAUAUUUUAUUUCUCGUGGCAAAAAGAGAGAAUAUGAAUUUAUUUACAAACCUUCGCCGCAAGAAGUGCAUGUGAAUCGCCUAGGAGGUAAGGUGAUUUCCACAGAAUGA